AGUAGUUGACAGCGACGAGCCAACAUUUUGUUGUCGUUUAUGCACGUCAACUAGUCGCUCAGGUUAUCUUACGCUUUCGUUUGCACGCACACGUUUGUGAAUGGCGAGAGCAUUGGUGGCAGCGGCAGGGCCGCCGUCUCUCUCCCGUUUUAGGGGAGCACUGGUCGCGGCUGUGCUGGGCGACUGUGUCGGCGGAGAGUUCGAAGGAGUUGAGGAUGUUCCCAUUGAAAAUGUCCUGCAGCACAUGAACAGUCUGGAAGACGAGACGAAAGGAAAUGGCAUCCUUGAAUACAGUGAUGACACAGCUAUGGCACGUUGUGUGGUCCAAUCUCUACUCACCCGGGCUGGCUUUGAUGAGCAUGACAUGGCUCGCAGGUUUGCAAAGGAGUACAGCGUAUCCCCGGGUCGAGGUUAUGGUUCUGGAGUGAUCCAGGUGUUAAAGAAGCUGGCCUCUCCCCACCUCACCGAUGUGUACCAACCAGCCAGGGAUCAAUUCAACGGUCGGGGCUCUUUUGGGAAUGGUGGCGCGAUGAGGGCAGCCCCAUUUGCACUGGCCUUCCCUGAUCGAGCGGAUGUUAAAAAGUUUGCUCGUCUGGGUGCCAUGCUGACUCACUCCUGCUCCCUUGGCUACAAUGGUGCAGUGCUGCAAGCGCUAGCAGUGCACCUGGCCCUACAAGGUGCCUUGGACCUUCCGCAUACCUUUAUCAACACACUCAUCACAGAGAUGGAGGAAGUUGAGAGUGAUGAGGUCUCACGGAAUGAUGCAAGAAUUCUGAAGGAAGCAGAGAAGCCAUUCUGUAAUCGCCUUUAUCGAGUCAGAGAUUUCAUGGACAUGGGCAAGGUCACCAUAGAGGAGGUCAUUGCUGAGCUGGGUAAUGGCAUUGCAGCACUCCAAUCAGUACCAACUGCCAUCUUCUGCGUUCUUCAUUGCCUGCAACCGAGGCAAUACCUCCCAGAGAACUACGGUGGCCUGGAGCGGACAAUUGCUUACAGUUUGGCACUGGGAGGGGAUACGGACACCAUAGCCUGCAUGGCUGGGGCCAUCGCUGGAGCUCACUAUGGCAUGGAGCUUAUUCCUCCACACUGGAUCCGCUGCUGCGAGGGGGCAGAUGAUGCGGAUGUGAACGCAGAGCGCCUUCACAUCCUCUACCAUCAGAGGAGCGGGACAAGAACGGGCGAUCAGAGCGGUGACGACGCAUCUGACAACCAUCAAAGGUCUUCAAAUGGCGCAGAGAGUUAAAUAAGGCACAAGCAAAAGGUUUCCAAAGCCCACUUCCAACGCAGUUGACAAGUUGGCUCAAACAAAAGAAUGCAAUGAUUUGCAAAUUGAUUUCAACCUGUGCGAAGGAAAUCAUUCCAAAAAAACUGACAUGUUUUGCUCGAUUGACGUGGAUACAACUCAAAAGUAUUUUAGGGGAAAAAAAGCAAGUGUGUUGAUUUCAUUGUAUUUGUGAGAUUUGUACUUUGCUGGUCUGACCAGCGUCACUUGUUUCUUUUAACUUGGAAAGAUUUGAAAGGCCAACUUGUUUUUCACUUUAUAGGUCAUAUCAGUGGUGGAUUUUUUGAAGAAUGAUUUUUCCUGGUCCCAUUUUUUUUCUUCCACAAAAAAACAUCAUUUGAAUUUUUUUUUUAUAUAUCUAUAUCCACUGUUGUCCAUUUGUUUGAUCCGUGCUCUUUCCCUUUUUGUGUCAAACAAUCCUGUCUUCUUGUGAAAUUUGCACAAUGCUGCUUUUUCAUGAGUUGUUUUGGUGAAUAAUUGUUAUUUAAUAAAACGGUUCAUCAUGUA